AUGGUGGAGACCGGGGCGGUCCAGCUCCACCAACCGAUGCCAAUUGGCAUCACUCAUCACCGCAUCCAACAUGCAGCACGGCAGCUACAGCGAGCGGGGGACCUACUACGCUCGGCUCGUGACUCGGCGUUCAACGGCAACCUGGCUUGGAACACGGCGAGAUACUGGGAAGAACUUCACGAACUCCUUCAAGAAGGCGCUACCUUCCUGGAAAUCAGGGGGGAAAGCUUCCUCUCUACGCGACCAGACGCCACUGGCAGUGAGGAACCGCUGGCGCACCCAGCGGAUGCCAUUGCACUACGCUGGGGAGCACAAGAAGCACCAGCGAGGACUAGCACUACAGCAGGGGCCGCUACCCUCCUCCGCGAGGCGGCAACAGAGUUCCGAACAAUCAUACCCACCCUGGUGGGGGAGCAAGUUCCGCUAGCCGUACUACAGACGAUGCGGAAGGGGGGCUACCGACUCUGGCGGACCACGACGACGGCCACUCCAACGAGCACGAACGAGCACGUCAGCGAGCACGUCAGCCACGACGACACCAACGAGCCCGACGGCCCCGCCAAUGAGCUUCGCGACCUCGAGGGGGGAGACACGACCCGGGACGAGCAGAACGCCAUGGCAGCAGAAGGAGGGGAGAACACGCGCCCCUUGCAGCGUUUCUCUCUGUUCGGCAAUGCUACUACGCCUGCUGAAAACAUCCUCACGGACAGCUUGGUCAAUGACAUCAACGCGGCGGGGGACAUGCCAACCCAGGCCUAUGAUGAAGAAGGGGCCACAGCGUCGACACUGCCGUGGGGGACAGCAGCCUUCCCAUCCCUGGAGCCGGCACGAUUCCGGACUUCGACGACACGCCUCCCUCUGAGUACCGACCAAUGA